UUUGGAGUAAUCAUCAUAAUACUCUCAGUAACUGUCCUCCUCGACCCCGUCGUCGCUCAUAUAUCGCUUUUGCGCUCUUUCCAACGCAAACACCAACUGCUGCACUCUCUCAAAUAGUUUUUUGCUAUUCUCUUCUCUUCUAGGAAGAAUAUUGGCGGCCACGUCCUCAUGUCCGCACCGCUUUUCAGUAGUUUGGCUUCGUCGGUGGAUGACGACACGGCACUGCUACACCAGCCGCUGCUCCCAUCGGAGUCGAUUACGGUGGCGGAGGUCGCCAUUGUCGGUUCCAGUGUCUGCCCCAUCGAAAGCCUUGACUAUGAGGUAAUAGAGAAUGAUUUUUUCAAGGCAGAUUGGAGGAGUAGGGGAAAGAUCCAAAAAUAUCAGUAUAUCUUCAUGAAAUGGAUAUUGUGCUUUCUUAUUGGACUCAUCGUCGGUCUCCUUGGAUUCUUUAUCAAUCUCGCUGUGGAAAAUAUAGCUGGCAUGAAGUUUGUUGUCACCUCCAAAAUGAUGUUGACUGGAAAGUUCAUGGUGGCUUUCCUUGUAUUUACCUCUUCAAAUCUUGGGUUAACUUUGCUUGCUAGCUUGAUCACUGCUUUUGUAGCGCCUGAGGCUGCUGGUUCAGGUAUACCAGAGGUUAAGGCUUACUUGAAUGGUGUAGAUGUGCCAGCAAUAUUUUCAUUCCAAACUCUAGUUGUGAAGAUAGUUGGAAGCAUAUGUGCUGUGUCGUCAUCUCUUAAUGUUGGAAGGGCAGGGCCAUUGGUCCAUACUGGUGCCUGUGUAGCUGCAAUAGUAGGUCAGGGUAGGUCAAAAAAGUUUAGGUUAACCUGGAAGUGGCAGCGUUAUUUUAAAAAUGAUUGGGACAUGAGAGAUCUUGUAACAUGCGGAGCUGCUGCCGGGAUAGCUGCUGCUUUUCACGCUCCAGUUGGUGGUCUGUUGUUUGCUCUUGAAGAAAUUGCAUCUUGGUGGAGAGGUACUCUUUUGUGCGAAACUUUCUUCACUACAGCUGUUGUUGCCAUAGUUCUUCGGGCUUUGAUUGAUGUCUGUUUGAGAGGCAAAUGUGGUCUAUUUGGUAAAGGGGGUCUGAUAAUGUAUGAUGUCACCUCAGCAAAUAUUUCCUAUCACCUCAGGGAUGUGCCUCCUGUUCUUCUUCUUGCAGUUCUAGGGGGCAUCUUAGGGGGUAUCUACAAUCUUCUACUGAAUAAAGUUCUCCAAAUAUACAGUUCAAUUAACAAGAAAGGAGGUGCUUCCAGGAUCAUAUUGGCUUGUUCUGUUUCAAUCUUCACGUCUUGUCUUCUAUUUGGAUUACCAUGGACGGUGUCUUGUCAUGCAUGUCCGUCUAAUGCAUCAGAGCCUUGUCCAACAAUUGGGCGAUCCAGAAAUUACAAGAAGUUCCAUUGUCCUCAUGGUUACCACAACGAUCUCGCCAGCCUCUUUUUCAACACAAAUGAUGAUGCAAUCAAAAACCUCUUCAGCAAAAACACAGACACUGAGUUUCAUCUUUCAUCAAUGCUUAUUUUCUUUGCCGCCCACUUUUUUCUGAGCAUUUUCAGCUAUGGAAUUCUGGCUCCCGCGGGCUUAUUUGUGCCAGUUAUUGUGACAGGUGCAGCCUAUGGGCGCAUCGUUGCGACAUUAGUUGGUUCUAACUCAAAUCUAAACCCUGGUCUCUUUGCAGUUCUUGGUUCUGCUUCUCUACUUGGGGGAUCUAUGAGGAUAACAGUUUCCUUAUGUGCAAUUAUUCUUGAACUCACGAAUAAUCUAUUGCUGCUGCCACUAAUAAUGCUUGUUCUUUUCAUUUCCAAGGCUGUGGGUGAUGCCAUCAGUGGAAAUAUAUAUGACAUCAUAAUGACAUUGAAGGGUUUACCUUUCUUAAAAGCUCAUGCUGAGCCAUACAUGAGACAAUUGACAGUUGGUGAUGUGGUUAGAGGUCCUCUUCAGAUCUUCCAUGGCUUUGAGAAGGUUGGCAAUGUAGUAAAUGUCCUUAAAACCACACAACAUAAUGGGUUCCCUGUGGUAGAGAAUCCGCCAUUCUCUGCUUCUCCUGUCCUCUUUGGUUUAAUCCUCCGAGCUCAUCUUCUCAUAUUGUUAAAAUCGAAAACUUUCUUGCGAACUCCCGCACCAGCUGGCCGAUAUGCCAUUAGACGGUUUUCAGAUGACGAUUUUGCAAAAUGGGGUUUCGGCCAUGAUGAUAAUAUUGAAGACAUAGAACUGUCUGAAGAAGAGAUGGACAUGUAUGUAGAUUUGCAUCCUUUUACUAACACAUCUCCCUACACUGUUGUAGAGACAAUGUCUUUAGCAAAAGCCCUCAAACUUUUCCGUGAAGUUGGUUUACGGCAUCUGCUGGUGAUUCCUAAAUUUUCGGGGAGAAUUCCAGUUGUGGGUAUACUGACGCGGCACGACUUCAUGCCAGAAGACAUACUGAAUUUGCAUCCCAGGUUGGCACGGAUCAGGUCGAGAAGUUUGAGAUUCACAGUUCCCUCAAUUGAGCAAACAUACUUAGAGAAAUUCAGUGCCUGGAAAAUUCUAAAAAGAUGAAGAACAGAUUUAUCUUUAUUCCGUAGUGCAAAGGGCUGUAAAGAGUCUCCUUGUGCAUCCACGCCUGGUAAGUGAGAAAUGUGAGAUGAUUGGUACUCUAAUUAUGAGUUAGGAACUAGCAUAUCUUGUUCUGGCUCUAUUUCGGAUAUAAAUUGAAGCCAUCCACCACUAACCUUUUUCCCUGAGUGGAUCCCAUCCUUAGAGCACUGAUAUUUUCCAAUGGUGUUGGAGCUAAACACUUCGUUCCUGAAGGCCAAAGCAGCAACCUGUCACAAGGUGCAUUAUCUCAACCACGAAUCAAAAUGCUUGAAAGUCUGCACUAAUUGACUUCGGUUGCUACAUUCUUUCCCGUUGUACUGAAGCUAUAGCUACCGUCAUGUCAUGUCCCCGCGUGAUAGCGUAUUUAAAUUGUAUUCUAAUACGUCAUCAAUUAUCCCAGAUUACACUAGUUUAUUUGGAUGGUUCACAUCUAAAUCUAAAUUUCACCUGUUUAUGUUACUCUCUACAGUUCUGUGAUAGAUCUUUUGAGCAAAAUUUUGUUUUUGGUGCUGUUACUGGUGUAAGUAUAGGGAGGUGACAAGUAUAGUGAGUGACCAAAGUUUGGAUUUGAUCCUGUAGUUCGUUAUUUUCACAAGUUUAUUCCUCUCAUUGACUGACCUAACAUGAUGGACUUGCAUGCGCACUGUUGUGCAUGACCUGCUUUUGGCCGGAGGAAAAUAGCUAGCGGGGGCUUUGGAGUGUGCAAAUCAGAGAAUGGCAACAACUUUGAAGAAAGAAGGGGUAUAGUUAUUUUUCUGGUCUCACAUGAAAAACGAAAUGACGUUUUUAGUCAUGUAAGAUACCGAUUCAAUAUUUUUAAUUUUUUGCUUAUAAAAUUUUUAAAAUUGUUUCAG